AUGGCAGUCGGUGUCGACCAACUGAUCAAGGAGAACCAGGCAGCCCUUGCGGACAUCGCCAAGAGCCAGCAACAACUCAGGGACAAUGCCGCUGCCGGCGAUACUAAGCUCCUCUCUGACGUGAAUCAGGCCAUCCAAGUCAUGAAAAAACUUAAUCCGCACUGCCAAGACGAUAAUGUGUUGUUGAAGGUGUUGCAGGCGCACGUGGCUGGCAGUGCGUUAGACCUAACCGCGGCGGAGGCGGCAGCGUCUGCAUCUGCGCCACCAAUCCUGGUCCCGGUUGAGCCGGUGGGUUUUCAAGUAUCACACGUGUUUGCUUUUCGUGAUAGUCGCGGAUCUCGCGAGUUACGAGCUGUGCGAUUGUUAGAAAGUCCGGAGAUCCUGGCAGUGCACGAAUUGUUGGAUGCCACCCAGGCUGCACACGUGUGUGCACUGGCAGCCGCGCUACCUUUCCGUGCCGGUGUAUGCACAUACAUGAAGGCCAAGGUCGAACGUGUGGUGCAGUACACCGUGCCUAACGAUGCAGGCGACAUCGACAUUAGCGUCACGGAAGUGAAUGAAACCCGCCGCCGCUGCCGGGCUGCACCUGUCCCCGCCGACUCAUCGCUUUUUCGUCUUCUACAAGUUAAAGCCGCCGCCGUCUGCAGACUCCCAACUGAUCGCAUUCAACACAUCACUAUCGAACGCUACGCUGCCGGUGACUUCACCAAACAAGGACAUUUCUCGCACUCACGCGCAGGCGCUGUGCUGAUUGCACUCAACGACGGGAAAGCCGAAGCUUCCAUGAAGCCACCACAGGGCGACCCCAAGAUGGCAGAGCCAAAGGCGCCGUGUGGUAUCGUCUUCCAGGCCGCGAGCAUCAACGUCAUGCCGCUCCCCGGCAUGGCACUCUUCAUACCCUCCGUCUGCCCGGACACGCUACCCAGUGCCUCGACCAGCUCGGGCGAGAACGGCUCGGGGGAGAACAGCUCAGGGAAGAACGGCUCAGGGGAGAACGGCUCAGGGAAGAACACCUCCAGCAACACGCCGGUGCCCGACCUGCGCACGGAAUUUAGUAUUGCCUUUCCCGAAGGCACCGUCGAUAAACCCGUGUACUAUGUCGUCGCCUACGUGGACCUCCCCCUCGUCGAACCUGAACAUUGA